GGACGAGAAAGCGGGCGACAGUGCGCCGAAAACGGGCUGACCGAGCUGUUCGCAUCUGAUAACAGUAUUGAUUUUCGAUAUCACGCGAGCACCUCUCCCCUCGUCGUCUGCGCGGAACGUCAAUAUACGCGACAAGUGCGCGCCGGACGUUCGGCAGACCCUUUUUUUUGCUGCUUUCCGGUUGUUUGAUCCGUUCGAUGUUUCGCUCGGCGCGUACAGGCCAGUCGGCCCCCCGUAGACUUUGACGGUAUCGCCCGCUCGUGAACGUGAUCGUUCUUCCGUCGCGCGAUCCUCUGUGUUUCCGUGGACGACUGGGCACUUCGACGAGCUAUGGCCUUGAACCCGACGGCCACCAACGACCACACGGUCAACAAAGUAGCCGUGUGUUCGGCGAUCUUCGCCGGGUUCGCGUACGUAGGCUACUCGGUGGCCAAGAACGCGUUCGGUCGGCGUCUGGGCCGGAAGAGCGAUGACGGUUCCCACCACGAGGAACACCGUUUGUACUUCAGACGGCUGUCGCAGACCACGCAGACCGAUGUUCUGCUUGGCAACCUGGACCAUGCCGACACUAGCCGAGUGUUCCUCAGGCCUAUGACUGUCCAGCAAAGGAUCAAAGAGCUUAAUUUGCGCGCCAGAAUGUUUGCCGACACCAUGAUGGCUAUUCAGACACCUUCCAACAAACAUUCCUUGAACGGACCUAGGAGUUUACAGGCAUCACCUUGGAACUCUCCUAGAAUAAUGAGCCCAGUCGAUGCUACACAUAUAUUAGGAAGUCGAUCAACUGAAAAUUUAAGAUCAUUUGAUAACUAUGCUUUGGAAUCAAAUUUUGGUACACCAUUAAGAAGAAAAAGUUCCAAUAGAUCAUUAAGAAGAAAAUCGCCCCAACCAGGUGAACAUAGGCUUUCUGUAAGUCAAUCGAAUCAAGACAUGGAAGAAUUUGAAAAAAUUAAUCAACCAUCUUUGUUAAAUAGACCUAUGGAACCUAAUGAAGCAAAAAAUUUAUUAAUUUUGAUGGGAUCCAGAGAUGUACUCGUACUUGAAAAAGUUCUUGUAACUGUUAGUAAUUUAGCAACUUUUACUCCAAAUCAAGAAGUAAUGAGAGAAGCUGGGUACUUGAGCCAACUCCAGCAGCUGAUUUAUCAUCCUGAAGAAUCAGUUCAAAUUACUGCACUUGUAGCAUUAGGAAAUUUAGCUUUGAACAAAAACAAUUCUAAAGAAAUGAAGGAAACUAUACCAAUGUUAUUAGCUUUGAUGAAAAUGAUGGAUUCAGAUGAAAUUAUUUAUAAUUGUUUGUCUGUUAUGACCAACAUAGCAGUUUUUCACAUGUGGCAUAGUGAAUUGCAACCAGCAAUACAUACGUUAUAUGGUUUAUUAGAAAGUCAAAACAAAAAAGUUGUACUUCAGUGCUUAAAACUUUUAAUAAACUUAUCUUGUAAUGAUGAUAUGAUACCACAUCUUUUAGGGGGACAGGCUCCAAAAAAACUAUUAUCUAUGUUAAACUUAAAUGAAAAUGAAGAAAUUCUCCUAAGAGUUGUAACUUUAUUUAGUAAUCUUACUGAUGCGGUUAAAGCCAUGGAAUUGGAUCCUGUAUUAGAUUUGCCUGUUGAAGAUAAAGCUGCUGCACCAGAUACUAUGUAUGCCAAUAUUUAUGGUGUCAACGUAGUAGAAAAAAUACGCACAAAAAGUUUAGUAUUAAUGAAACAACAUAAAAAUGAAGAAAUUCGGUCUCGAGCACAAAAAAUCUACAGUGCGUUGGCUGAUUAAAUUGAUAUUGUUAAGAAAAUGUUGUUAUUAAACAGCAAGCCAUUCCGAUAGUAUUUUUUAAUUGUUAAUAUUAUUUGU